ACUGGCCGCCUCCCAGCCCCUCCAUUGGCCAACUCCAUAAGACUAGGAACCUGGGAGGCAAGGGGUCUGAACUAGGUUGUCACGGAGCCCGCAGGCCAGCUCAGCAGAGCCGGAACCUUGCUGGACAGGUCGCUGCGACAGCGCCGCUGGGUUUUUCUCUUCCUUUUUUUCCUUCUUUCUACUUAUCCACACAAAGCCAUCAGCCUACAAAGACAUGGCCACGAAUGCUAACCCCUUACACCCAUACUGGCCUCGGCACCUGAGACUGGACAACUUUGUGCCCAAUGACCUCCCUGCCUGGCAUAUAAUAGCUGGCCUCUUCUCCGUCGCUGGGGUCGUACUUGGGAUCACAUGGCUGUUGUCAAGACCUGCUGCCAUCGUCCCCCUGGGAACCUGGCGACGACUAUCACUGUGCUGGUUUGCAAUAUGUGGGUUCAUUCACUUGGUGAUUGAGGGCUGGUUCAGCCUCUACAGCAAGGAACUUCUUGGAGACCAAGCCUUCUUGUCCCAACUCUGGAAGGAGUACGCCAAGGGAGACAGCCGUUACAUCCUGAAUGACAACUUCAUGAUAUGCAUGGAGACUGUCACGGCUUUCCUGUGGGGACCACUCAGCAUUUGGGUGGUGGUUGCCUUUCUCCGCCAGCAUCCUGUCCGCUUUGUCCUACAGCUCGUGGUCUCUGUGGGUCAGAUAUACGGGGAUGUGCUCUACUUCCUGACAGAGUACCGUGAUGGAUUCAAGCACGGGGAGCUGGGCCACCCGCUCUACUUCUGGUUUUACUUUGUCUUCCUGAAUGCCCUGUGGAUAGUGGUGCCUGGAAUCCUUGUGCUCGAUUCUGUGAAGCAGAUCACCCACGCCCAGAGCCUGCUGGAUGCCAAAGUCACAAAAAUCAAGAGCAAGCAUAAAUAAUGAGUGAUGGACUGGGCUUUAACACGGGCUGAUGACAAACUCUCCAUCUGCCAGAAGAGUCUGUUCCUUGCUCCCACAGGUUGAAAGGACAAAGUGAAUUGAUCUGUCAAACUCAGGCUGAUGGGUGGGCACCAAAAGGGCCAGCAAUAGGGAAGAAAGGAGCUGUGUGGAGCUACUGCAAGGAGCUGUUGGGACAAAAGUCCAAGAGAACCUACAAGGUCCGCAGUGGUGGUAAUUUUUAAAACAAGGAAAUAAAAGGUCUUGACCCUAA